GAAAAAAAAAAUAAGGUUCUCCAUUUCGAACCUGUCAACACCUCCGAGCCCCUUGCAUGCCUCAAGGCUUCUCAAUAUUAAUACCACUCUUUCCCGCAACGACAAAGAAUUCUACAGACUACAGUGCAUCAUUCCGAUCUAGACUAUUAACCGUUCCUAAAAUCUCAACUCCAACCGACAUAAUCUCCACCGUUUCAAUCACCACCAUCAAGAGAAAAAGAAAAAAAAAUGGCAUCUCCACCGAACCCUCUCCGGGACGCAGGAGUUCCAGAGCAUGUCCUCUCGCUCUUGGAUCGCUUGCACGCUGCCUCUGUCGAACAAGAAAAAGGUCUAAACAUCUCCUCCUUGACAUCCGGUGAAAUACAUGCUGCUACUCGAGACGCCUUUGUUGCAUUAGACCAAGACAAGUCUCAAUUCGUCUACCAGCUCGCACGUGCAAUCAACGCCAAAAACAUCGUCGAGGCGGGCACCAGUUUCGGCGUCAGCACCAUCUACCUCGGACUGGCAGUGAGUGCGAACGUGCAAGCCUCCGGUGGACAAGGCACAGUGAUCGCAACGGAGCAUGAAGCUUCCAAAGCAGGGGUGGCUCGCAAGCACUGGACUGAGGCCGGAGAGGGCGUGUCAAGACAUAUCGAUCUACGCGUAGGCGAUUUGCUGCAAACAUUAAAGGAGAAUGUUCCUACCAUUGACAUGCUUCUCCUGGAUAUCUGGACGCCGAUGGCUCUCCCCACUCUGAAACUCAUUCAGCCACAUCUCCGCCAGGGCGCGGUGGUCAUUAUUGAUAAUACCAUUAGCUCUGCAACUCGGUACAAGGACUUGCUUGGAUAUUUGCGCAGCAAAGACAGCGGUUUUACCAAUCUGACGAUCCCUUAUUCAAACGGCUUAGAACUGUGUGUCUACUCUCCAUAGU